CUGUCUGUUACGUGAGGCGGCGAUGGCUCCGCGCCCCGCUGCUGCCCCCAGGCUGCUGCCAGGCAGCUGCGGCUGGCACCCCAACCAGGAGCCGCUGGAGGAGGCACGGGACGCCUCUGAAGAUGUCAUUCAUUUAGCUGUGGAAGGCUUUAUCAGCCCUUGUGGAGGCUUUCCCCUGCACACAGCACUCAAGGCUGGAGCUGUAGUGGAGGAAAAUGGAGCCUGUAGAUCUUCUGGCACUUGUCUCCCUAGAAAUGAACAGCACCACAGUCACCCUGGCUUUGCUGGCAGUCUUCCUGGUCCUGCUGUAUUGGUACUCCACAUCUGCAUUCUCAAAACUAAGCAGAGUAGGGAUCCGACAUCCUCCACCUCUUCCUUUCAUUGGAAACCUGAUCUUUUUCCGUGAGGGUUUUUGGGAAAACCACACAAAACUCAUAAAGGAGUAUGGACCUAUUUGUGGGUAUUACAUUGGUCGCCAGAUGUUUGUGGUGGUUUCCUCACCAGAGAUGAUCAAGCAAAUCUUAGUGGCAGAUUUUAGUAACUUCACCAACAGAGCUAAACCAAACUUGGUAUCCAAGCCAAUGCUUGAUAGCAUCCUUUGUCUUCGUGAUGACAGAUGGAAGUAUGUGCGGAGCCUCCUGACCCCAGCCUUCAGCGAUACCAAACUGAAAGAGAUGACACCGCUGAUAAACCAGGCCUGUGACAUCCUGCUGUGUAACUUGAAAGUCUAUGCAGAUUCCGGCAAAGCUUUUGAUAUCCAGAGGUGUUACAACUGCUUUACCUUGGAUGUCGUUGGUAGCGUAGCAUUUGGUACUGAGGUGGAUUCUCAGAAGAAUCCUGAUGACCCCUUUGUUAAGAAUUGCAGAACAUUCUUUGAAAUGUCUUUGUUUAAGCCUCUUCUCAUUCUAAUCCUUUCUUUCCCAUCCAUAAUGAUCCCAUUGCUACGCAUUUUUCCCAAUAAGAAACAAAAGGAACUGAAUGGAUUUUUUAUCCAAACCAUAAAAAAUGCAAUUGUCUAUAGACACCAACAGGAUGCAGCUCAGAGGCGCAGAGAUUUUCUCCAGUGGAUGCUUGAUGCCUGUGACUCAGCCGACUCCCUGGCAGCUGGGUGCUCAGAUGUGCUGGGCCCAUCUGCUGCUCCCAGACAGAACGAGGUGCCUCUGGCUGGCACAGCCCUAUCUGAAAAGGCUCAGAAGAUGCUAACAGAGGAUGAGAUAGCUGGCCAAGCCUUCCUGUUCCUCAUUGCUGGCUAUGAGACCACCACGAGCACGCUGUCCUUUGCCACCUACUUGCUGGCCACCAACCCGGAGUGCCAGGAGAAAGUUCUUCAGGAGGUGGACGAGUUCUCUGCAAAACACAUGAUCCCUGAUCACCAAAAUGUACAAGAACUCCCUUAUCUGGACAUGGUGAUUGCAGAGACGUUGCGCAUGUACCCACCUGCAUUCAGAUUCACUAGGGAAGCAGCUAAAGACUGCAUAGUGCUGGGGCAGCAUAUUCCAGCUGGAGCUGUCAUUGAAACUGCAGUUGGACACCUUCACCAUGACCCUGAGUUCUGGCCAGAGCCUGAGAAGUUCAUUCCUGAGAGGUUUACAGAGGAGGCAAAGAAGGAACGACAUCCCUUUGCAUACUUGCCCUUUGGGGCAGGACCCCGCGGGUGCCUUGGCAUGAAAAUGGGUUUGUUGGAGACAAAAAUGACUCUGCUGAGGAUUUUGCAGAAGUUUCAGUUCAAAACCUGCCCAGACACUGAGAUUCCUUUGCAGCUCAAAUCAAAAGCCACACUUGGACCAAAAAAUGGAGUCUACAUCAUGCUGGAAUCACGCUAAAAGGCAAUGUACAUCCUGAAGCUUUCUGGAAUGAGACAUUUGAGUAAGUCACUGGGUAUAAUUAUUUUUCAAAACUCCAACUCCAAGAUAGGAGCCUAAGUCCCACUGAUGGUCAGUAGGUGCUGUCUCACUGCCCUCCUGUGGGACAGCGUCCAAUCACUUUUUAAAAUGGGCUCCACAGUCUUUUUUGGAUGUUUUCAAAUUGUUGUGAAUAGUAUCUAUAAAGAAGCAUCCCAUUUUCAUUUGCUUUUCUUCAUGGCAUUUCUUUUCCCUUAUCUAUGAGAAUGCUUUCCUCAUGCUCCUUUUCCACAAUUUACAGUAGAUUUUAAUUUCAAUUCAUCAUAUGACACAUUCUUCUCAUGCACUUGUGAGUCCUUAGAGAAAGCCCCAAAGGCACUACAGUUACAGCAGAAGACCUGGGAUGCAGUGCAUUGGAUUUUUUGUGAACUCCACUAACAAAUCAAAGCUGAGGCCCCUUACAAUGCUUACAAUUACAAUGCUACCAUGCUUAAUUUCCACCUGUGUCUAUAAAGCCAGAAAAGUUGUACCUCCUCCAUGCUUUGAAGUGAUUUUAAAUACCAAAACUUGGAUUAACAAUUUGCACUUGGCACAUUCUGUCGACACGACAGAAGAAGAAUGAACCGGUAAAGUUCCAGCAGCUAAGACCAAAGACAUGAGGUGACAGCCAUUUUUUUGGCUGCUGAACUGCUGUUGGAAAGGAAGAGACAAAGAAGAUAUUAAUUUAAAGCAAGCAGGAGGACUGGAUGAAAUGUAAAGGUAAUCAGAAGGUGUUGGUACCACAUUUGCUUCAUGCGGAGGCCUUUCCUUUCCAAGCAUUGCAAUUGGAACCAUUCCUGUCUAGCUCUUUGAAUCAAGGAAAUUAAGAGCAUGCAUGCACUAGAGCUGGUGGCAAAGGAGUGGGAUCAGGAUCAUCAGACCCAGCAGCUCUCUUGGCUCCUGUGACACUGGAGCAGGUCAUGUCCCGAGUGCCUCACCCUCUCAGGAAGGAACUUGUCUGAUUGAACUGCAACAGCCCCAUGGACCUGUUGGAGCUGUGUGACUGUGCUCAUGCAUCUUCCCAGCCAAAACAGCCAUAGCUUCCUCAUGUUCCCUCUGUCCUACUCCUCUGCCAUACAGAUAGUGUUGCACAUGAAGCUGAAAGGGGACACAGCUGGGCCAGCUGGCUCCCACUGAACACAGGGAUAUUCCAUACCUCGUGGCACCAUGCUCAGCACAUAAAACUAGGGGAAGAAGAAGGAAGGAGGACAACAUUCAAAGUGAUGUCAUUUGCCUUCCCAAGUCACUGUUUUGCCUGCUGGAGCUCUGCUUCAUGGGGUGGCCUGCACAUAGGAAAUGGUGAAUGAAUUCCUUGUUGCUAUGUGGCUUUUGCUUUACCUAUUAAACUGUCUUUAUCUCAA